AUGGAAGAAAAAGAUGGUAAAUUUUGUAUAGCAACCAAAGAAGGAACUCUAAACACAUGGCUGGAGCGGAACAGUUUGGCUGCUACGAAGUACUGUUCCUUAACGACAACAGACGUUCAAUCAAAUGAAUAUUCGUUACGGGAACUUGUUCGAUUAGGAUCAGUUGGGACUGGACAAGGAUAUCGACGUUGUACCUGCCGUACUAAUUGCACAUCAAAAAAGUGCACAUGUAGGAAAAAUGACAUGAUGUGUAAUUCGGCGUGCCACCCAGGCAGUAGUUGUCAAAAUUUAUAA